GGGAGAGGCUGAGGAGCAGAGAGGGAGGAAGAGACUCGCUGAGUGGACAGGCAGGACUGACUGGAAACCGCACAGGGACAAGGGGUUUCUGGCUGGGGGGGAGCUGUUCUCAGCAGGGUAGGCAAGCCGUGACAGUCUUAUCCAGGGAGGACUGCAACCCGCCUUGCUCUACAGAUCCCGAAUCAAGGCUGCCCCACGUGGAGAAGCCACCCCUAGGUCAGAAAGAUGGGGGAAAUGGAACAGAUGAAGCAGGAGGCUGAACAGCUGAAGAAGCAGAUUGCGGAUGCCCGGAAAGCCUGCGCAGACACAACACUUGCUCAGAUUGUGUCUGGAGUGGAGGUUGUUGGCCGCAUUCAGAUGCGGACCCGAAGGACCCUGCGUGGGCACCUGGCCAAGAUCUACGCCAUGCACUGGUCCACAGACUCCAAACUUCUGGUCAGUGCCUCACAAGAUGGGAAACUGAUUGUGUGGGACACAUACACAACUAACAAGGUUCAUGCCAUCCCUUUGCGUUCUUCCUGGGUCAUGACCUGUGCCUAUGCCCCCUCAGGCAAUUUUGUGGCCUGUGGGGGCCUUGACAACAUGUGCUCCAUCUACAACCUCAAGACUCGUGAAGGCAACGUCAAAGUGAGCAGGGAGCUCUCAGCCCAUACAGGUUACCUCUCCUGCUGCCGAUUUCUUGAUGACAACAAUAUCGUGACUAGCUCUGGGGAUACCACGUGCGCACUCUGGGACAUUGAGACGGGGCAGCAGAAGACUGUGUUCCUGGGUCAUACUGGAGACUGUAUGAGCUUGGCCGUCUCCCCAGAUUUCAAACUCUUCAUCUCUGGGGCCUGCGAUGCUACUGCCAAACUGUGGGAUGUGCGGGAGGGUACCUGCCGUCAGACCUUCUCAGGGCACGAGUCCGAUAUCAACGCCAUCUGCUUCUUCCCUAACGGUGAAGCCAUCUGCACCGGCUCAGAUGAUGCCACCUGCCGUCUCUUUGACCUCCGGGCAGACCAGGAGCUCAUAGUGUACUCUCACGAGAGCAUCAUCUGUGGAAUCACGUCAGUCGCCUUCUCCCGCAGUGGGCGCCUCUUGCUUGCUGGCUAUGACGACUUCAACUGCAACAUCUGGGACUCCCUGAAAGCAGAACGUGUGGGAAUCCUUUCUGGCCAUGACAACAGAGUGAGCUGCCUCGGGGUGACAGCAGAUGGCAUGGCUGUUGCCACUGGCUCCUGGGACAGCUUCCUCAGAGGAGGGCAGCAGAAAGGUAAAGAGCCCCGGAAGCAGGGCCCACAGCCCAUGAAACCAGCAUCAGCAGCUGAGCUCAACAGAAACGCCUACCUACUACUCCUGCUUGUCUCUAGACACAGGUCACUUACAGCCUCAGAGUCAUACUGGGUUUGA